AUGAAGACACUCGUACUACUAACCCUUGUUGGGUUAGCAGUUGGUCUUGGUGUUGAUCGUGAUUGCGAUGGUCGUGUUAAUGGUGUAUAUGCCACCUCACCGUGUUCAAAUGAAUUCAAUCAUUGCUAUAAUGGCCAAGUAACUAUAAAGACAUGUCCUCGGGGACUAGUUUUCAAUCCCGACAGUAAUCAAUGUGACUUUGAUAGCAAUGUGUCAGGAUGUGCAGCACGAGCGGAGGUUACCUGUGUCAAUCGUGAAGAUGGCGCUUAUACGAUUGGAUGCUCUUCAACGUUCUUUUUCUGCAGUAAUGGUAUCGUUCAUAUGAGUACUUGCCAGAAUGGAUUGUUUUACGACGUCGAUAGGAGAACGUGUGAUCACAAAUUCCGAGUUCGAGCAUGUGGUGGCCAUCCGGAAGUUCAACGGGAACCAGUCACUCGUCCACCCCUCCUCGUACCAACAUAUGCGCCAGUGGCAAUGAAAUCGUAUGCAAAAAUUGGAGGUUACGCACACGUCACUGAUUUGUCACAGAGCUGCAAAGAAAAGGCUAAUGGUGCUCAUUCACUGGGCGGCUGCAAUCAGCAGUAUGUUUACUGUGUGGACGGAGUUGCCCAGUUGGCUGAAUGUGCUCCCGGCGAAGUUUUCGGCGGUAGUGGGAAAUGUACUCCUGUGACGAGUGUUCCCGAAUGUAGUUCAUCUAUAGCAAGCGUUACUGAUUGUUCCUCGCGUCCUGAUGGCUACUAUGGCAGGUGCUCCUCUGAUUUUUUGUUCUGCAAUGGUGGAAUAGCGCAACCGAUGAAAUGCCCAUCUUCUUUGGUUUUCAACGAGGUGAAGGGUUAUUGUGACUAUCCUGAGGACUGCGCCUUAGACAACGCUUCAAAAUCACAGUCCCGGCAGGAUGCACAGUCAUCCAUUCAUGGCAUGCAACGGCAAUCUUACAGCGAACCGUCAAAAUCUGUUUCGCCAUCAUUCUGUGCCAUGCGUAAAGAUGGAUUCUAUGCAGAAAAGUGUUCUGUCGAGUUCGUUUCUUGCGAACGGGGAGUAGCUACGCUCAUGAGGUGCCCACCCGGCCUUCUUUUCAACGAGAAGCAAGGAUAUUGUGACUAUUCUGAGAAUUGUUCCGCAAAAGUAGAUGCAGCCGUUGCCGUCCCUGUUCCAGAUGGACCACCUCAGUCGUCGUUUGCAUCAGACGACGCUAUGCCUAUUCUAUCAAGUAUCGACUGUAAAGGAAAAAAGGAUGGCUAUUACUCGAACGGAUGUUCACCUGAGUUUGUUCACUGCCUUGAUGGUGUAGCUGCUCCGAUGACUUGCCCCACUUCGCUUGUGUUCAACGAAAGGAAGGGAUAUUGCGAUUAUGUGGAGAGUUGCUCGGCUGGACAAGCUCCAACCGCACCGCUGCCUCCACCUGCUCCUGUUGUCCCUGUUCCGGCUCCGGCUUCAUCUGGGAGGUCCUCGUUCACUGCAACCUACACGUCUACUCGUUCUUUAUCCAUUGAUUGCAAGGGAAGGAAGGAUGGUUAUUACUCCGAUGGUUGUGUGCCCGAGUUUGUGUACUGCAUUGAUGGAGUUGCUUCUCCAAUGACCUGCCCAACUUCGCUCGUGUUCAACGAAAGGAAAGGGUACUGCGACUACGUGGAAACCUGCUCCGUUGGCCCACUCGAGGUCGUCCCUGUUCCGGCUCCACCCUCUCCAGCUGUCUCCAGUCCGGCACCGGCUGUAGCAGCGAGGUCGUCGAUUUCUGCAGCCUUCACAUCUUCUCGAUCGUCGUCCAUUGAUUGCAAGGGAAGGAAGGAUGGUUUUUACUCUGAAGGUUGUGUGCCCAACUUUGUGUACUGCGUUGAUGGAGUUGCUUCUCCAAUGACCUGUCCGACUUCGCUUGUAUUCAACGAAAGGAAGGGGCAUUGCGACUACGUAGAGAAUUGCUCCGUUGGACCAGUCCCGGUCGACCCGGCUCCGGCUCCAUACGUUCCAGUUGUACCCGUUCCGACGCAGUCCAUCCCUGCUCCGGCACCGGCUGCUUCAUCAAGAUCUUCGGUCUCGACAACUUACACAUCUACUCGAUUCUCGUCAAUUGAUUGCAAGGGAAGGAAAGACGGUUUCUACUCCGACGGUUGUGUUGCCGACUUUGUGUACUGCGUUGAUGGAGUUGCCUCUAAAAUGGGAAGAAAGGAUGGGUACUAUUCCGAUGGCUGCGUGCCCGACUUCGUGUACUGCGUCGAUGGAAUUGCCUCUGCAAUGACUUGCCCAACAUCGCUUGUGUUCAACGAGAGGAAAGGAUAUUGCGAUUAUCCGGAGAACUGUUCCAUUGGUCCAGCUUCGGCUCCACCAGCUCCAGCUGUACCCCUUCCGGCACCGGCUGUUUCGGCAAGGUCAUCGUUUACAGCAACCUACACAUCUACCUGCCCGUCAUCGCUUGUGUUCAACGAGAGGAAAGGGUUCUGCGACUACGCGGAGAACUGUUCCAUUGGUCCAGCUUCGGCUCCACCAGCUGUUCCUCCCGCCGUUCCAGCACCAUCAUCAACUUCUGUAACCCACACAUCAGUUCGAUCAUCGUCAAUUGAUUGCAAGGGAAGGAAGGAUGGUUACUACUCUGAUGGUUGUGUGCCAGACUUUGUAUACUGCAUUGAUGGAGUUGCCUCUCCUAUGACUUGUCCAACGUCGCUUGUGUUCAAUGAGAGAAAAGGGUACUGCGACUACGUAGAGAGUUGCUCCGUUGGAACAGCUCAUGCCGUUCCUGCAGCUGCUCCACCUGCUCCAGCUAUUCCUGUUCCUGCUCCAGCCGUUCCAGCUCGAUCAUCAAUUUCUGCAACCUACACAUCAGUUCGAUCAUCGUCAAUUGAUUGCAAGGGAAGGAAGGACGGUUACUACUCCGAUGGUUGUACGCCCGACUUCGUCUUCUGCAGUGAUGAAGUUGCCUCUCCUAUGACGUGUCCGGCUUCGCUUGUGUAUAACCAGAGGAAAGGAUACUGCGACUACCCAGAGAACUGCUCUGUUGGAGCAGCUCCGGCCGUACCUGCACCAGUUCCACUCGCUCCAGCUGCCCCUGUUCCUGCUCCGGCUGUCCCAGCGAAAUCGUCGAUUGCUGCAACCUAUACAUCUACUCGAUCCUCGUCUAUUGAUUGCAAGGGCAGGAAAGACGGCUAUUACUCUGAUGGUACGUGCCCAACUUCGCUCGUGUUCAACGAACAGAAAGGGUACUGCGACUACGUAGAAAACUGCUCCGUUGGCGCACUCCCGGUCGCGCCUACUCCGGCUCCACCCGCUCCAGCUGUACCCGUUCCGGCACCAGCUACUUGCCCAACAUCGCUUGUGUUCAACGAGAGGAAAGGAUAUUGCGAUUACCCGGAGAACUGCUCCAUUGGGCCAGCUCGGGCUCCACCAGCUCCAGCGGUGCCCGUUCCGGCGCCGGCCGCCCCUGUUCCGGCACCGGCCGCCCCUGUUUCGGUACCGGCUUUGAUUGCAAGGGAAGGAAGAACGGUUACUACUCCGAUGGUUGUACGCCCGACUUCGUCUUCUGCAGUGAUGGAAGUUGCCUCUCCUAUGACGUGUCCGGCUUCGCUUGUGUAUAACCAGAGGAAAGGAUACUGCGACUACCCAGAGAACUGCUCUGUUGGAGCAGCUCCGGCCGUACCUGCACCAGUUCCACUCGCUCCAGCUGCCCCUGUUCCUGCUCCGGCUGUCCCAGCGAAAUCGUCCGUUGACUGCAAGGGCAGGAAAGACGGCUAUUACUCAGAUGGGUGUGUGCCCGAUUUCGUGUACUGCGCUGAUGGAGUUGCCUCUCCAAUGACUUGCCCAACGUUCGCUUGUGUUCAACGAGAGGAAAGGAUAUUGCGACUACGCAGAAAACUGCUCCAUUGGCCAAGCUCCGGCUCUACCAGCUCCUGUGCCUCUUGCGGCUUCAGCAGUGGCAGCGAAGUCUUCUAUCACCACAACCUACACAUCUGUUCGAUCGUCACGUGCCCUGCUUCACUUGUGUUCGACGAGAGGAAAGGAUAUUGCGACUACCCGGAGAACUGCUCCAUUGGGCCAGCUCAGGCUCCACCAGCCCCAGCGGUACCCGUUCCAGCGCCGGCCGCCCCUGUUCCGGCACUGGCUGAAGCAGCGCGGUCAAUUGAUUGCAAGGGAAGGAAGGACGGUUACUACUCUGAUGGUUGUGUGCCAGACUUUGUGUACUGCAUUGAUGGAGUUGCCUCUCCAAUGACUUGUCCGACAUCACUCGUGUUCAAUGAGCGGAAAGGAUACUGCGAUUACGUGGAGAACUGCUCCGUUGGUACCGCUCCGGCUGUCCCUAAAUGUCCGGCUUCAUUGGUUUUCAUUGUGGAAAAGGGUUACUGCGACUACCCGGAAAAUUGCUCCGGUAGGGAAAUGACUCCAGCGAUGUCUCAAAAGGCUGACGUGGUCUCGAUAUGCCCGGAACCCAAUGGUGCAUAUUCCAACGGCUGUACAUCGGAAUUUUAUAUGUGUUCUAACGGUGCUGCUCAUGUCCAGCUAUGCCCAGGAGACUUAGUUUUCAACGCUAAUGAAGGUUACUGCGAUCUAAAAGAAGCUUGUAUCAAAGAAUGCUCCAGCUUCCCCGAUGGGCGUUACGGAUCGCCAUGUGGCACGAAGUUUAUGAUAUGUUCCUCUGGAGUUGGCUACUUCAUGGAAUGCCCAGCAGAUCUCGUGUUCGACUCAAAGCAAAGCCGCUGCGUCUAUUCACAUGAAUGCGGUCUCGAACCCGUUUUGAAGAGCUCUUCUGAUGCCGCUCCGUCGUCGUAUACAUCACUAAUGACCCGCGACGAUUGUAUUGGCAAGCAUGAUGGACUACAUUCGCUCGGUUGCAUCGCCGAAUUCAUUCAGUGUGUUGACGGUAAGGCAUACAGUCUGUACUGUCCCGCUGGUUUGGUGUUUGUCGAGUCGCUUGGCAUUUGUGAUGUCCCAUCCGCUUGUUCGGGAUCACCGAAACACGAAGCUAUUGGCGGUCCAAUGUUCUAUGAGCCAGUAACGAAUGAGAGGGCGAAGGAUGAUCAAGGUGGAGGAUUUGCUUUUGGAUUGAAUGUAACGUCAUUUUUGAAAAUUCAGUGGCAGUGUGAUUUUGCAGAAUGCGACACUAACGGUUAUUUCUCCAAACCGUGCUCUUCUGAGUACUUCAAUUGCGUAGGUGGACGAAAAUUCAUGGGAAAAUGUCCUGCCGGCUUGGUAUUCAAUGCCGAUAAGGUGUAUUGUGAUUAUCCAGAGAACUGCAGGCAAGGAGAGAGUGUUGCAAGUUCUGAGGCCCGACCAGUACCAAGCACAGUUAUUCACAAAGAUGAGUCCUGCAAAGGCCGACCUGAUGGCGUCAUCACUGAGACCGACUGUCAGCACAAGUUCACGACCUGUUUGAACGGUGUCUCCUUUGUCACAAAAUGUCCAGGCGGUCUUGUCUACUCGGUGGCAGGAAAGCUGUGUGACUAUCCUGAGGCGUGCGGAACAGCGUCUGCUGCUAGCGUAAGCUCCCAUAGCACAACUAGUCAGGCUACGAGCUAUUCAACAGAGCGAAAAGCCGUCAUAUCGCAUGAAGGCGCUUCAAGUUCUGCAUCAGCUGUAGUUCGAUACCAGCAUUCUACCAUUGGAAAAGAUCUAUGCGCGGGAAGGAGUGAUGGACCACUGAACUCCACUGACUGUCGACCAUCGUUCUCGUUCUGUGUUAAUGGAGCGCUCUACUCAACGAUUUGUCCUGAAGGGUUGCUAUAUUCCUUCGUAUCAAGAAGAUGUGAAUGGGCUUCUGAGUGUGGAAAUGUUGUUGCACAUAGUGAACCGAGCAAGGUCACAACUGCAGCACCAGUCCAUUCGGUUGCUGACUCAAAACGAACUUAUACGAAAGCUUCGCCUGCUCCUCCGGCUAGCAACUCCGUGAAGGUGUACCAAUCCGCUCCAAGAAUGCAUUCAACAUCUUCGCCUGUUCGUCAGGCUAGCGAUUCCGUGAAGGUGUACCAAUCCGCUUCAUCGGCUCGUCAGGCGAGCGAGUCCACGAGGGUGUCCAUUGUUGAUGGUUUUGAUUGCUCCACCCGUGCAAAUGGAAAGUAUUCGUUGGGUGGCUGUGUCGAAAGGUUCGUAAUGUGCAGCGAGGGGCGAGCGUAUGUUCGAGGCUGUCCCGCCGGAUUGGUAUAUAAUGAGGCGAAAGGGCUUUGCGAUUACGACUGCAGUGGCUCUGCUGUCGGCAGCUCGGAAUCUGAAGAUGUGAGUCGCUAUGACGUGAAGAAAUCCGAGAGUUCGCAUGUGCAAUCUAGCGUUACCUAUACUCAUUCGUCGUCUUCGGCCAGUGCAGCUCCAGUUGAAGCCGAAUGUGUGACGAGCAUCGCUAUGGGUCGCUGUUCGUCGAAAUUCUGGCGUUGUAGAAAUGGGAAGUUGGAGUCAGCGCAAUGUCCAGGACAGUCCCUGUUCGACGAAACCUUUUUGUUGUGCGUAUAUGACCUUCCCGAAUGCAAGACAAAACUGGGAAUAACCACUGCCACCCCUGAACAAGUGAAAACUACAACCAUGAUGCCUGCCGUGUCAACUGAUGCCGUCUACACAUCGUCUGAAAUCUACUCAGCCCCGAGCAGCAGCUACCAAGCAUCAGCAUCUCACGCUCAACAGUAUUCGAUGCAUUAUCCUCCUUAUGGCGGCGCUAUGAACAAUCCGUUCGGAAUAUUCUACCCACCGGUCUUGCCUUUUGGAUUCCAAGACAUAAUGCAUGGAAGGGAUAAGGUUAAUCAUGGCCCAAUCAAUUUCGAAAGCCGAUCGGCAUUAGCUGGCGGAUAUCGAGUGCCUGUAAGAGACAUCUUCGACGGUAUCGUCAGUCCUUGGCUGCUUCCUGGUAUCGAUCGUGUGUUUGUACCGAGACGUCAUGACCGUCGCAGGGAUCGCGACCAUCUUUUUGACGAGCUACGCGGACCGCAAGGAAUCGACAUAUCCUCACUGCUUGAAACCCCUACUGAAGGGAUUCCGGCUGUCGCGGGUUCCAACGAUGGAAUGUUGCUAGAGGAUGCAGUUCCACAUGAAGAUGGCGAACAUCACCAGGAAAUGAAGAGCGGGCAUGAAGCCGAACUCGAGAAAGUUCCAGUGGAAGGUGUUCCCUCAUUCAUCGAAACCACGACUUUCCCAGACGGAGAUGAUGUUGAGGGCUCUGGAGACGCUGAGAUGGCCGCAUGUCCUGUUGGCGAUCUGUUCGACAGCGGUUCUAACAAGUGUGUGGCUUCAGAAACUUGUGGGCUGCCAGAACAAGUUCCUGUACCUGUUCCUCUAGAGCCUAUACCAGUAUUAGCACCGACACCUGCUACUGCAUCUCAGCGAUACUUCCCUAGACCUACUGCACCUGUUACAGUACCACCUGUCCCUGUCCUCAGUCCAGCCCAUGCUAUGCCGACUAGCACAACCACGAAGCGGCCUCCGGUGAUCUAUCCACCUGUGCCAGUACCAGUUUCUCAUGCAGGUCAUGUGAAACCAAUGCAGCCUUCUGUGCCAGCACCUGUGCCAGCCGCAAGCACUGCAUAUCAGCCGCAGCAGACUGGCUGUGUGGACGGCUCCGAUUACGCUGUGGAUUGCAAUGGAAAUUUCAUCAAAUGUGUGCACGGUAUCGCGUACCCGAUGAAAUGUCCAGCGGGUUUGGUGUUCGAUCAAACGAAGCAUUACUGCGACUAUCCAGCAGCCGUAGUAGGAUGUGGUGGAGUGCAAAUGGACAACACGCGUCCUGAUCACUCCUUCAGCGUCCCCACAGACAAAACCUACCCAGGCGAACCGAUUUUGCCCUCACCUACGCAAGCGCCUUCGCAACAAACUCCUGACUUCUGCGCCUACCUAUCUGAUGGACCUCAUAGCGAGGGGUGCACGGCAUCAUUUGUGGUUUGUCACGACAGAAGAACGCAGCUUUCGAUGAACUGUCCUGUUGGCACAUGGUUCGACCAGACACGUGGCAUUUGCGAUUUCCGAGAGAAGGUGGCCGCGUGCGGCGGUGCGCUUGAUGAGCCCCUAUCUUACCAGCCGAAACCGAUUGUAGUCCGAACAACCACACCAGCUUCUCACGACAGUUCCUGCUCACAAGAUCCGCAGCCGAUGGGUCGUUGCGCGUCAAAAUUCCUAGUAUGCUCGAAUGGAAUCAAGAGUGAAUUUGACUGUGCAAAACCGUUAGUGUUCAAUCCGGCUACUUUGUCAUGCGACUUCCGUGAAUUUGUACCAGAUUGUGAACAGUUCAAGGAACAAUAUGCAGAUUCCGCAGAGAACGACGCGACUGUGCCAACUGUUGCAUCGUACGAUGCUACUACGGCAACAAGCACAGCUGCUGCGCCACUCACUUGCGUGUACAGUGAUGAACGCCCAGCAUUUGCUCUUGACUAUUGCUCACGAGUGUACGGUAUGUGCACUGUGCAUGGUGUGCUGGAGCGAAAAGAGUGUAGCGUUGGAUUCCUGUUCGAUUCGCACUUGAGCACUUGCGUACCUUCGGAACAGUGCGGUCAAGAACACCUGAAGGAGCUAAUUAGUAAGGCUACGUAUGCACCUCCAGAAGCAGCUGCACAGGUGGCUAAGGAUACGGUCAAACAUACAACUCGAAAAGACGAUCGUUGUCACAACAGCCUUGAAGGAGCUAUGAAACCAAUGGGCCGGUGCCGAUCGUCCUACAUUCGAUGCAUGGGCGGUGAGGCCGUUGUCGAAUCGUGUGCAACCACAGCCGAAGUGUUCUCAUCUGCGGUUGGUGCUUGCGUAUUGCGUAUCAACGCUCCCGAAUGUCGUUCCGCUCCGCAACGAUCUCCGCAACCAUACAUGUCGGCACCGAGCAGUGAUCCUGCAAUGUUCUGCAAAACGCGUACAGAUGGUCUGUACAGAAAUCCGUCGGACUGCACCGCUAUACUUCAGUGCUUCGGUGGUGAUGUCUUCGAAUAUCCAUCGUGCACAUCGGGGCUUGUAUUUAAUGAGUUGACUGCCAAGUGUGACUAUAGGGAAGCAGUCCCGGAAUGUCGACAAGCAGCAGACGAAGGAAAUGUGGAACGUGGCUGUCGCGGAGCGAGUCACGGUGACUUUGUCGCGAACGAAUCGGACUGUCAGCAGUUCUACCGAUGUGUAUGGGAUCGGUUGGAGUCGAUGCGCUGUCCAAGCGGUACAGUGUUCAAUCCGAAGCUGUCAGUUUGUGAUUGGCCUGACAACGUACCCCAAUGUUCUGCCCAGCAACAAGAUUCAGUAACGAAAGCCUAUUAG